GAGAGAAUAACUUCAGUGUGUGUAUGCAGAUGGUGACUGGUACACUGUAGCAUAGCCUGUUCCGCUCUGAGUACUCUGUAGGAGUAGGUAGUUUAAGUGUGAGAGAAGGUGUGUGCAACAAUCUCUUUGCCUGUAUCACGGACUACUCUGCUCGUCUGGGAGAGAACAGUGCAUGUAUCUCCCUGACUCAGCAUUCUGUCAGCAUCUGUAGCAUCCUCAGUCUGUUGCUAGGGCAACUGAGUCCAAGUCCACUGCCAGUCUGGGGUCAUAUGUUCAGAGAAGAAUACCUGGAAGAAGAUGAGGAACCACCUUUGCUGCUCAGCUCUUGUCCUUCUCACGGUGUUUUGCUCUGGAGGGACUGUAGCCGUGCAGUGUCCCUGGGGGGAGGGGUGUGUGUGUCUGCGGUGCCCCAGUGGCCAGGAGCCAAUCAAGGCUUGUGGGCAGGUCAAGGGACCAGGCGAGGUGGUGCAAUGUCAGUCUUGUCCAGCAGGCACGUUUUCAGAUGGCUAUGACUCUGAUCAAUGUCGCCCACACUCCUCCUGCGGGGUCCUCAACAAAAUGGUGGUAACCUCUGGUACAUCACACUCUGAUGCUGUCUGUGGAGACUGUCUGUCUGGGUUCCACCCCACUGCUGGGAGGUCAGCCUCCACCCUGGUCUGUGUGAGAGCCCCCCCUUAUCUCUCCCCAGCCCCCCCGGCCCAGUCUACCCACGUGCGUGCAGUGCGUACGGUAGGUAAGGGUUUGGCGGGAAGUGGCGGCCUGUCGGUGAACGGUACGGCAGUGCGGAACCCGGAGGAGAAGAGUACAGAGUAUGCCGUGUUCGUCCUGGUGCCAAUCUUCUGUGUGAUGGGACUCCUGGGGAUCCUCAUCUGUAAUAUCCUCAAGAAGAAAGGAUACCACUGCACUGCUGAGAAGGAGGGAGGAGACGAGGAGAAUGCCACACCACAGAAAGAGGGUAACAGUUGUCCCUACAUCGUAGAUGAUUCUAAUGAAGACACCAUCAGUGUUCUGGUACGCCUCAUCACAGAGAAGAAAGAGAAUGCUGCUGCCCUGGAGGAGCUGCUAUUGGAGUACGAGAGUAAACAGAUGGACAUCAGCAAAGCCUCUGCAAUCAAGUUUCCUGUGCUGUCUCCUCUGACUCAGUUCCUCUCCCUGCCCAGACUGUGCCCUCACCAGUCUCACCUCCACACCAUCUCUGGUCUGUCUGGCCUGUCUGGCCCCCGACACGGCUACUGCUGCUCCCGCUGUGCCCAGAAGAAAUGGCCCCCCAUCCUCCUCGGCCCCCUCAAACCCCCACAGUCCCUCCUGUUACCCCCUCUGGACCUCCAGCCCCUCCAGAAGACCCCUCUCCUGCCCCCCGUUGACACACACCACUCCCCCCCUAAGAUCUCCCAGACCCCCAGCCCUGGGUUAGAGUCACUCCCUAAGGGGGAGUGGAGGAUGCCUGGGGAGGUGACCCGGUCUGUUGGGAGGUUUCAGGUGGCUCAGAUUCAGGAGCAGAGGCCUGGUUCCGUGGGGAUGACAUUCCGACCAGAGUUUAGUGACUCAGACUCAGUGGAAGACGCAUCUCUGCUGGGGGGGAACAAGUCAUCCUCGUCUUCUUCCUCAUCAGCUGCCAGGGGUACACAGGAGGUUAACAGCUAAACAUUUGCAGUGGUGAAUGCUGGGUAAAAAAUAACUCUACCUCGCUGAGCGAUGGAUGCGAUGGGAUUCCAAAACGGUGACCAGAGAGGUUGAUUUCCUCUUCGUUGGGAUUUGGGAAGUUAGCCUGGGUGCUUGUUGGGAACUUAGCCUGGAUGCCAGACACAGGGAAACACUCAUAUUUAUAACACAAUCAACUUGUAUUUUAUCCUAUUGUUGAGCAAUAAUCCUCUGUCUUUAGUGGCAGGGAGGAGAAGAGAGAAGGAACAAACUAUUAAUUAACCCAGGCGUGUGGUUGUGCUUCCAUAAGACUCUGGACAGGUUGGAGGACCUUAACACUGUCUGCACUUGAUACUGCAAUACACACACACACACACACGGUAGGUCUACAUUCACACAAACACACACACACACACAAUAACAAGUAUUAUAGAAAACAACUCACAUGUUUUGUCUAGAUAAAACUUUGAAUAAUUUUUAUAACAGAUUUAGCUAUUUAAACGAUUUAGCUCGUCUUGUGUUUGAAGCGCUGAUUAGCGGAAGUUUUAGGUCUUCUUAAGUUUUAGGUCUUCUGAAGUUUUAGGUCUUCUUAAGUUUUAGGUCUUCUGAAGUUUUAGGUCUUCUUAAGUUUUAGGUCUUCUGAAGUUUUAGGUCUUCUUAAGUUUUAGGUCUUCUUAAGUUUUAGGUCUUCUUAAGUUUUAGGUCUUCUUAAGUUUUAGGUCUUCUUAAGUUUUAGGUCUUCUGAAGUUUUAGGUCUUCUUAAGUUUUAGGUCUUCUUAAGUUUUAGGUCUUCUGAAGUUUUAGGUCUUCUUAAGUUUUAGGUCUUCUUAAGUUUUAGGUCUUCUUAAGUUUUAGGUCUUCUGAAGUUUUAGGUCUUCUUAAGUUUUAGGUCUUCUUAAGUUUUAGGUCUUCUUAAGUUUUAGGUCUUCUUAAGUUUUAGGUCUUAAGUUUUAGGCCUUCUUAAGUUUUAGGUCUUCUUAAGUUUUAGGUCUUCUUAAGUUUUAGGUCUUCUUAAGUUUUAGGUCUUCUUAAGUUUUAGGUCUUCUUAAGUUUUAGGUCUUCUUAAGUUUUAGGUCUUCUUAAGUUUUAGGUCUUCUUAAGUUUUAGGUCUUCUUGAUCAUGUUGAAUGUAGUCUUAUCUAGCAAAUACUUGGGGGUUGAGCUCCAACAUUGAGAGAGAGACAUAAUGAAAUGCAAGCAGCAUGAACUACAUGUUGUACUCUUCAGCUCUUAUAGAUGGCAUUUAAAGUGGAACUGACAGCAUUCGUAACUAAGAGGAGGAGUUGUUCGUAACUAAGUAUUACUUUUUUUUGCCCAUGUUUACUGACACUGCAUAUAUUCAGCCGGUGUUGUGCGUUCAUAAAUGAAUCAGUUAUUCUGUGCUCUGGCACACUCAGACAAGAGGGCUCUGAAAUCAGAGGAGAUAGCCAGAGUGAAUUAGCGAACAAAAGAGAUAUGCUAAAUGGAUAAUAUGUCGCUCAAGUUCAGGAUAGUUAGCUAGCAAAGCGAUUCACAUUCUUUCUAGCUAACUAAAUGACACCUGCAUCUCUAGCUGUGUAGCCACCUAAAACAACAUGAGGGGCAAACGUCACUCUUCCUCACCCGCUCCUCCAAUGACAUAACAUCCUCCUAGCAGCUAGCUAGCGUUAGGCUCUGUGUUUUAGCUUGCUACAUCAAUAGAUACGCUAGCCUAUUAGCCACGUUAUGACUGACUUGUGAUCAUUGCCGUUGCUAGUGUGAUUGUAUUGACAUUCCCAGUUAGUUAGUUACAAUCAUCCGUUUUUGAAACUGAAGGCAGCAAACAAUGUACCAAGAAAUGCAUUAGUGAAUUAUAUUAAUCGUGCAUUGAAAUGCAUCCAUCUAUUCUGCCAACAAGCCUUAGUGUACGUCAUGGAACGCUGAGUCAAAUACAACCUAUUUUUAAAACCUCUUAUCAAGUUGGUUUUGUAGCAUAAACUGGGAAUUUGAUAUUUUUGACUGAUAUUAUGAUUGCCUGUUUGUCUCAUGUCUGCAAAGUAGUUAAAACGCUGUCAGUUCCACUUUAGCUUAAUUUAGCUUCUGAUGAAAGUUGAAUGUGUAGUACUGAGCUGUAAAUGGAUGUAUAUAUUUACAUACGGCUGUAUAUAUUUACAUAUUGCUGUAUAUGUUUACAUAUUGCUGUGUAAAUGGCUGUAUAUAUUUACAUACGGCUGUGUAAAUGGCUGUAUAUAUUUACAUAUGGCUGUAUAUAUUUACAUAUGGCUGUAUAUAUUUACACAUUGCUGUAUAUAUUUACAUAUGGCUGUGUAAAUGGCUGUAUAUAUUUACAUAUGGCUGUAUAUAUUUACAUACGGCCGUAUAUAUUUACAUAAGGCUGUAUAUAUUUACAUACGGCUGUAUAUAUUUACAUACGGCUGUAUAUAUUUAGAUAUGGCUGUAUAUAUUUACAUAUGUCUGUAUAUAUUUACAUACGGCUGUAUAUAUAUACAUACUGCUGUAUGCAUUUACAUACGGAUGUAUAUAUUUACAUAUGGCUGUAUAUAUUUACAUAUGGCUGUAUAUAUUUACACACGGCUGUGUAAAUGGCUGUAUAUAUUUACAUACGGCUGUGUAAAUGGCUGUAUACUGUAUAUGUACAUAGGGCUGUGUAAAUGGCUGUAUAUAUUUACAUAUGGCUGUAUAUAUUUACAUACGGCUGUGUAAAUGGCUGUAUAUAUUUACAUACGGCUGUGUAAAUGGCUGUAUACUGUAUAUGUACAUACGGCUGUGUAAAUGGCUGUAUAUAUUUACAUACGGCUGUGUAAAUGGCUGUAUAUAUUUACAUACGGCUGUGUAAAUGGCUGUAUACUGUAUAUGUACAUAGGGCUGUGAAUAGACAAGGUGAAUUGCCCUGUUUUUAUUGAAGCUCUUAGAUGUGUACAGAGGAUGGUCGUGAAAGGGACAGGGUCAGGGACAGAGUCAGGGUCAGAGUCAGGGACAGAGUCAGGGACAGGGUCAGGGACAGGGAAAGGAAAGGGUCAGGGACAGAGUCAGAGUCAGGGACAGGGAAAGAGUCAGAGUCAGGGUCAGAGUCAGGGACAGGGACAGGGAAAGAGUCAGAGUCAGGGUCAGAGUCAGGGUCAGGGACAGAGUCAGGGACAGGGAAAGAGUCAGAGUCAGGGAAAGAGUCAGAGUCAGGGACAGAGUCAGGGUCAGGGACAGGGUCAGAGUCAGGGAAAGAGUCAGAGUCAGGGUCAGGGUUAGGGACAGGGAAAGAGUCAGGGAAAGGGUCAGAGUCAGAGUCAGGGUCAGAGUCAGAGUCAGGGAAAGAGUCAGAGUCAGGGUCAGAGUCAGGGUCAGGGUCAGGGAAAGAGUCAGAGUCAGGGACAGAGUCAGAGUCAGGGUCAGAGUCAGGGACAGGGUCAGGGAAAGGGUCAGGGACAGAGUCCGGGACAGGGUCAGGGACAGAGUCCGGGACAGGGUCAGGGACAGAGUCCGGGACAGGGUCAGGGACAGAGUCCGGGACAGGGUCAGGGACAGAGUCCGGACAGGGUCAGGGACAGAGUCCGGACAGGGUCAGGGACAGAGUCCGGACAGGGUCAGGGACAGAGUCCGGGACAGGGUCCGGACAGGGUCAGGGACAGUGUCAGGAUGUGGGUUUGCCAGUAAUUUUCAGUGCCUCUUUUGACACACUUAAAUCAGUCCCAGACAUUUUGGGGGAGGUGUGCUUUGUCCUGUGACUUCCUCUCUCCUGGCGUGUCACAGAUCUAGGAUCAGUUGACCCUCCCAGCUACACUGACCAUUGAUCAGUGGCAUCCUACUCCAUGUGGCAUUUAUCUCAAGCCAUGACCUCACUUCCUGCCUUGUGACGAUUGCCU